AUGAAGACAGGCAAAACAAUAAACCGGCGGAAAGCUCGGACUGGCUGUUUCACCUGCAAGUCUCGGCAUGUAAAAUGUGAUGAGCAGAAGCCAGCCUGCUUGCAGUGUGUAAGCACCAAGCGAAUCUGCGAGGGAUAUCCCGUUGUACCUCAAUCCCUCUCAUCAGAAAACGCACUUAGCGACGCAGAACGUCGUGCAUUUGCAUUCUUUCGAUCGCGCACUGUCCAGAGAGUCUUUGGUCAGCAGGAUGCAGGUGAUUGGGUUUCUGUCCUUCUUUAUCUUGGACAUAAUGAGGUAUCAGUGAAACAUGCCAUUACAGCGCUGGCCUCCUUGCAUGAGAGUCUUGAACCCAACGAUACAUCAACAUGGAUUCGAAAGUCUCCAAAACAGGCUAGUAUGACGGCAGAAGUAUUGGCCUUGAAACAUUAUACUGAAGCCAUUAAAUCCUUGAGGUUUGAAUCUCUGAAUAUGUCAUCACGGCCCGAUCUUACCAUGCUCUUGUGUAUCCUCUUUAUCUGCUUCGAGCAGUUUCGAAGUGGCGAUGCUGCGUGUAUUGUCCACUUGACUGCUGGACUCAAGCUGCUCUAUUGGUGGAGAUCAAAUACGAACAACUACACCAAACUAAAAGAAUAUUCUCGGCCAACAUUGGCAUUGAUGAAUGAGAAAAUAACGCCUGUCUUGCAACGCCUGCGUGUUCAAUUUUCCCUUUGUAUGGACUCCCGCCACGCUCUCAGCAAUACAGGGAUCAAAGCAUGUCUGCCCGCUCCGACUAUCCCAGCAUCAUAUGCGUCAUUGGAUCUUGCUCGAACAGACUUCGACCGUGGCAUGAAUUAUGUGUUCUCUAUACUUGAAAAGGAACAGAUCACGAAUUGUUCACAGCCCAACAUGAGUCCAAUAAUCAUUCUCCAGCGUUGGAAAGAUGCACUGGAUGCGUCCGACUUUGCAACAGAACCUCCUCAGCUUCGGGGCUGCACACGCAAGCUGCUUGAACUUUACUACUAUACCUCACUCAUCAUCACUGGGACAUAUGAUACAGCAGAGGAAGUUAUAUUUGACGACUAUCUCGAAGCAUUUCAAUCAAUCGUCAACCUCACCGAAGAAAUCCUGGAGAGAUGGAAAGUGGCCUCGCAACAAUUCAGUUUGUUAUUCAGCUUUGAUCUCGGGAUCACACCGCCAAUGUUCCUUGUUGCGUCUCGCUGCCGUGAUUCUCAAACUAGAUGGAAAGCUGUCAGCUUGAUGUUCCAACCGACUUUUUACCACGGUGUUUGGCGGGAUCAGUAUUCUGGGCUUUGUGCUCAGCGCAUCGUGGAGCUUGAAGAAGAGGGGCUUGAGCGAAUUGGAGAUUCUGUAUACGUCCCAGAGCACCGACGUAUUAGGAAGAUAUCUGCCGAUAUUCAGGAGGAAAAUGGCCAAAUCGUUAUGAAUUUUGUCAGAUGGCCUUACAUGCUGGAGUCAGAGAUAUUGUCUACUUUCAUUCCACUGAGGACAGGGACUGUCUGUUAA